UUCUCCUGGUUUUUCUGUGCUGCAGUAAUCUAAAAUCAAUUAGAAUCGUUCUAGAGAAUAACUGGCUGGCUUCAAGAUUUGAGUCCGGGUAACGGUUCAAAGUAGGUGUAUGUGUGUAGGUGGAAGAACGUCACAGAGUUAUAAGAGAGCUGUAGCUACAGAACGGGAAAACUGAGUCAGUGCCGCAAUUUCUUUCGUACCGUUACUUGGCAGAAGUAAACUCAUUUCAAUCAAGGAUCUACACAGAAAAUGGAUGCCAGCACACUGUUGACAUUUCUGUUCCUUUGUUUCUGUAAAAUGGUUUUAGCCACAGAAAACCAUGGGUCUGAUUACUGCUACAAAAUCGAACCGGCCACCAUGACCGGCAUCAUCAUUGGAGACGUUGCCCUGACUGUGCUGGUAGUCAUUGUAGUGUACCACUGUGCCAGCCAACGGAGGAAACGAAGAGAGGAGGCUGAAAAAGUCUACAUGAAUGUUAGGGCCAAUUGCAAGGCCUGAAAAACCAUGAUGUCUCUCACCUUGUGCACGCUCAACGCAUAUUUAACUGAAGAAACAGAAUGAAAGAGCACCAGCACAACAUUACGCCUUCAGAGAUGAAAAGAUAGGCCUCUUUGCUGAACGAAGUUUCCAGGUAUUGGUGUGGAGUAGUGGUAAGGCUACUGGACGUGGUUACUGCAAAGCUUGAGACGAGAUGUAAUCAGAACCUGGUUGAAACUUUCCUGUGACACAAAUAAAAACAAAUGCUUCAACUAGCUUUGCAAACCUAUCACUUGUGUCAGACUGUAAACUGUGUACAUUGCUUGGGUCAGACUGUAAACUGUGUACAUUGCUUGGGUCAGAAUGUAAAUUUACAGGUUGUUUCAUUGACUGCUGUCAUUGUAAAUUGUAUAAAUUCACUGAAUUCAAAGAC